AUGAUAUUGGAUGAAAUAUUCAAGAAAAAGCAAAAAAAGAAAGAAAGAGCAGAGAGCAAAAAGCUAAUACGAAAAGCCGUAGAAGACGAGCAUCAGCGGCGCCUUCAUGCUGUUGCCUUUGUUUUAUGGGCAUAUUCUUUACGUUUCAGGUUCACGGGCGGCGGAUUACAAAGUAAGCAAGGAGUUCUCUUGGCUGAUAAAGACCUUCGAGAAUAUGACUUUGAAUUUUCCUGGAUGAAAACACCCUGUUAUGUCUCAUCUCGGCAGAUAGCGCGGCAGAUCUCAUAUAUGACUUCCAUCAGACCCUCAGCUUUUAUAGCCAUCGUAAGCUCAGGCUCAGCCGUUGGGACGGCGGUGGCCCGCGUUGUGGCGCUCGACCACGACAAGGCGGAGAACGGGAGGCUGUCCUACUCCAUCGCGGAAGGGAACGCCGGCGGCACCUUCAGCAUCAGCCCGCACUUGGGAGUGAUUUCUCUGCGUCAGGACCUGCGGGACGACCGCGCCUCGGAGUACCUGCUGCUCGUGCGCGCGGUGGACCAUGGCUUCGAGGCGCGCGCCGCCUCCGUUCCGGUUCGCGUCGUCGUGACGUCGUCCCCCGAUGCUCCGCCCGUGUGGCUGGAGGACGCCUCCCAGGUGGUCGAAGUCGGAGAGUGGACGACGGUGGGCUCGGCCGUGGCCCGGCUGACUGCGACGUCGCCUUCGUCACUGCAUUACACGGUUACUGCGGGCAAUGACGACGGAGUGUUCCUUGUGAGCCCAGCCUCGGGCGUGGUGAGCCUGGCUGCGCCGCUAGACUACGAGACCACCGCCUGGUAUAACCUCACAGUCUCCGCCACUAAUCUUGCCGGUGUCUCCCGAACUACGUGGCUGGGAAUAACGGUGCUGGACGAAAACGACUGGUGGCCGGAGUGGGACCAUUACGUGUACGAAGGAACCGUCCUGCAGAAUGCCCCUGUGAACGCUCCAGUGUUGGCCACCCAAACACACGGGGCGCGUGAUCCGGCCCCUCUUACAGUGUCCGCAACCGACCGUGACCAAGGUUUAAAUGGUCGAAUAACUUAUAGUAUCGUGGAAAAGGAUAUGACGCAGUACUUCUCCAUCGACUCUUUCACAGGAGCAGUUCGGGUGUCCGGUCCCCUGGGCGAUUUUACGGGACCUGCGAGGCUAAGCGUGUGGGCGCGGGACGGAGGGAGUCCCCGCAGAGAGUGCUUGGCCCCCGCCCGCGUGGUUGUCAAUGUAAUCCCUGUGAAGGUUCCCUCGAAAGCUUUCAGUCGCUCCGUCUACACAGCCGAUUUAUAUUUGCCCACCGUCCCCGGGGUGCGCGUGGUCUGCGUGGGCCACAGCGACCUCCAAGAGCAGCGCCAGCUGGAUUCUUCCCCGCAGCUUAAUUAUACUGUGAUAGACGGGGAUGAAACCAGACGAUUUGCAUUUGAUAGCGAAAACAAAUGUCUUUUUGUGCGUGAUCAUCUGAAUCUCAACCCACACUACAAUUUAACGAUACAGGCUGUGGAUGGAACCACUGUAUCCACAGCUGUGGCUGAAGUAUUCGUCCAGGAUGUCCCCCAGUCUCCUUUGUCGUUCAUGCAAGAUAAAUACUGGGCGAGCGUUUAUGAAAACUCGACCAAAGAAAUCAAUGUGGUCGUGUUGGGCGUGAAGGGACAGCCUCUCAAUAGCCACAUACUCUACUCAAUCCUCAACCCGAACGAAAAUUUCGAAAUCCGGACGACCGCUGGCAUCAUCAAAACGACGGGAAAGCCCUUCGACCGGGAGACCAAGGACCACUACACACUCGUUGUCCAGGCUAAAGAGGCUGAAGACGAGAGGAACGUCGCACAGGUGCUCGUGCACGUGGCGGUGAUGGACGUGAAUGAUAAUGAGCCCGUGUUCGUCGGGCAGCCGUACUACGCCUUGGUUUCCACGACAGCUGCGCGAGGACACGUUGUGACCAAGGUACGGGCAGUGGACGCGGAUGCCGGUGACUUUGGCAGCGUCCGUUACGAACUAGUGCGGGGCAGCGGCGAACUCUUUGCAGUGAACAAGAAAACCGGCGAGAUCUCCCUGAAGCAGCCGCUGAUGGUGGCGGACAAGACGUACAGCCUCACCGUCGCGGCCUACGACGGCGGGAAAAUGCCGCUCAGCUCGCAGGCCCACGUCCUCAUACGAGUGGUGUCCUCGGAGGGCCCCAUCUUCACUUCAGGCCACUACUUGGCCUCCAUUCGCGAGGACGCUCGCCUGGGGUCGCCUGUGCUGAGGGUCGAGGCUGCCAGCUCUUCGGGCGCGCCGCUCAUGUACACGAUUGUUGCAGGGAACACCAACGAGGAAUUUGCUCUCGAGUACACUUCCGGUAUAGAUACAAAGGAAAACGAGUGCGUGGUGCAGACAUUAGGCUCCCUUGACUACGAGAGCGUGCGCACCCAUAACCUGAGUGUAAGGGCGCGGGACCCCGUGACAGGCGGGCAUACAGACGCCCAAGUUACCAUCUCCGUGUUGGACGUGAAUGACAAUCCGCCGGUGUUCAGCAGCCAAGUGUUCAAGGCGCAGGUGUCCGAGGCGGCCGCCCUCGGUCACUUCGUGGUGCAGGUCGCAGCGACCGACCAGGACACGGGCGCGGGCGGCCGCGUGCGGUUCUCGUGCGAGCCAGAGUGCGGCUUCUUCCACGUGGGCGAAGAUGACGGCGUGGUGACGGUGGCGCGGCGCCUGGACGCGGAGGCGAAGGCGCAGCACACGCUCACCGUCAGGGCCACCGACGCCGGCCUGCCGCAGCUGUCGUCCGCCGCCGCUCUCGUCGUCCAGGUGACGGACUUCAACGACAAUGCUCCCGUCUGGCGGCAAGACAGUUACUCCUGCCGCGUGUCCUCAGAGGCUCAGCCAGGCCAUGUCGUGACUGCGCUGACUGCGCAUGACCCAGACGUCGGGGAAAGCACGUACCUGCGCUACGGCAUCCACUCGGGAGACCGAGCCGACAUCUUCAAAAUAGACCCAUUGACAGGUAUCCUCGUGGUCACGUCGCCCAAGAAACUAGAGAAUAUGACGUCAGCAAAUCUCAAUAUCUCCGUCACCGAUGGAGUCCACGUCGCCUUCGCGGGCCUCCGGGCGACGGUGACGCCCUCCAACCGCCACUCCCCGCGAUUCGAGCGGCCUGUCUACGAAGGCUGGGUGGACGAGAACGGCGCCCCGGGGCAGUUCGUGCUCACGCUGAAGGCGCUCGACCCCGACGGAGGCGAGUUCGGCGCGCUGGAAUUCGCCAUCCUUUACCAGAGCUUGGAGGGGUCGUUCUCCGUGGACAAGGAAGGGAACCUGUAUACUGAAACCCCAUUGGAUCGCGAGAUGGUCAGCCUGCACAUCCUGCGCGUGACUGCGCUGGACGGCGGAGGGCGCGCGGCCUUCGCGGAGGUGCGCGUGUCUGUGCGCGAUAAGAACGACAACGCCCCUAGAUUCAGGCUCCUUGAAUAUCAAGCGAAUAUCAACACCGACAUGCUUCCAGGCUCUAGCAUCUUAAAAGUCGAAUCGAGCGACCCAGACGAAGGAAAAAACAGCGAAGUGCUGUACCACAUGUACGAGGCCAACAGCUCGGAGGCCCUGACGCUGUUUCGAAUCGAUCCGCGCAACGGAAUCGUCACUUUGUCGGGGAAUAUCCAGGAACGCGAAAACGAAGUAUAUCAGUUCUUCAUUCGUGCCGAGGACGGGGGUUCCCCACGGCACCACAGUGACGUACCUGUCACCAUAUUCUUAUUGGCACCAGAGGACCGACCCCCACGUUCCUCCCGCCAGUAUGCACAAUUCUUUCUUCGAGAAGACGCCGCCAUUGGUACAGUGAUAACAUCGCUCUGGAUGGACGGACCUCAAGAAGUGGCGUACACUCUCAUAGUUGAUGAGCCUGUGGCGGACAUGGAGACUGGGGAAACGGGGUCUCCAGCGCAGAACUCUCGGCUCUUCGGCCUGACGCUCUCAGGGCAGUUGGUGGUGCAGGGGGCGCUGGACCAUGAGAAGUGGCCGACGCACCGCAUCACAGUCGUCAACCACACACUUGCCACGCCGCCCACCCUCGACUACAUGACCAUCUCAGUGGUGGUGAUGGAUGUGAACGACUGUUCGCCUCAAUUCGGGCUGAACAGUUACGUGGCUGACGUGAGCGAAAACAGCGAGAUCGGUUCGGUUAUAACAAUCGUCACUGCAACGGAUGAUGACGACGGGAACAACGGCCAGGUUCAGUAUAGUAUGAAUGAAGACGAGGAAGUCAUUAAGUCGACGUUUCGAAUCGACCCCCACACGGGCACGCUGACGCUGGCUUCCCAGCUGGACCGGGAGGUUGUCAGCAAGUACACUCUGACGGUGCUCGCCACGGACGGAGGGGCCGAGCCUCGGACCGCCUCUACUACGCUUACCGUGGUUGUUAUGGAUUACAACGAUAAUCCUCCUGUUUUUGCAAGAGAGAGUUAUGUCACUGCAGUCCCAGAGGACACUGCAACUGGUACAGCUGUGUUAGAACUAAGCGUGUUGGAUGCAGACGAAAAGACGGCAACUUUAGACUACUUUGUCACCAGCGGGGAUCCAAAGGGACAUUUUCUUGUCCAUACAUCUGGUCAGCAUAACUCAAGUGUGACGCAGGAGCUGACAGCGAGUGGCCGCACGACGAAGGACACGCCGGCUGAAGGACCUGAGGGCGAGUCCUGCGCUGAAAUGACGGAAGAGUUCUUAACACUUCGUAUGGCAGCAUCUCUUCUGAGAAUAUUUUUCCUUACCUUCGACUGCCGUAUAACCGUCUUCUCUAAACCAAUAUCGCCAAGUGAGAGUUGGCGAAUGCCGGAUGCAGUUCUUACCCAGAAGGAAAUUAUCCUAAUAUGGGUGAAAUCAGGCUUUUGUAUAUUAUCCUCAGCUCUUUAG